UCCCUCCCCAGUGAUAGGAAUUUACCUUCGGCAUGCAGAACUGAUACUCUGUCUCUUCCAUCUGCAUCUGAUGAGAUCAGAACAGAGCAGAGCAUGAGCUAACACUAUACAUAUAUUGACCUCACUACACCGGACAAACUGACCCUUCCACACCGCCAUCACCAUGGACACAAGACCGCUGCUCAGCACCCCCAGAACUUCUGAUUACCAGUCUGUGGGCAAGACUUUGAGAGAAGCAGAGAAGAGAUAUGUCAAAACACUAAAUAACAGGAAGAUGUUCCUGGCUGCAUUUUCUGCUGUUUUGGGCAACUUCACAUUUGGUUACGCACUGGUUUACCCCUCACCAGUCAUUCCAGCUCUGGAACAUGAUACCGAUCCCACUUUGCACAUUACAGAAGCGGAGACGUCUUGGUUUGGGUCAGUGUUUGCACUGGGGACCUGUGUCGGUGGAUUAAGCUCAAUGUUCCUGAAUGAUUGGCUCGGACGUAAACUAAGCAUCAUGUUCUCCGCACUUCCUGCAGCAAUUGGCUUCCUGCUAAUGGGGAGCGCUCAGCACAUUUCCAUGCUUCUCCUGGGAAGAAUCCUCACAGGUCUAGCCGGGGGUUUGACAUCAUCCUCAAUACCAGUUUAUAUCUCAGAAAUCUCUCACGCGGGAGUGAGGGGCGCACUGGGGGCAUGUCCUCAGCUUAUGGCAGUGUGUGGUGCCUUGGUCCUGUACGCGCUCAGUAUUGUUGUGCCAUGGCGCUGGCUGGCGAUAGUGGGUGAAAUACCUGUAAUUACCAUGCUCAUCCUCCUGUGCUUCAUGCCAGACUCCCCACGAUUCCUCAUUGCUAAAGGGAAAACAGAUAGAGCCCUUAAGGCUCUAGAGUGGCUCCGAGGACCAAAUACAGCAUACAGAGAUGAGUUCAAGAGAAUUGAGGAUGGCCUCAUGAAUAAGAACAGUUCAUUAACGUGCAGCGAGCUGUCCGAGCGACACUACUACAAACCCAUCCUCAUUGCUGUCCUCAUGAGGUUCUUACAACAGAUGUCUGGAAUUAACCCAAUAUUGACAUACCUGGAGCCCAUCUUCAACAAGACCAAAGUCAUUCUGCCGGGAAAGUAUGAUGCUGCGCUUGUUGGACUGGUAAGAUUGGUGUCGGUCCUGGUUUCUGCCUUUGUUAUGGAUAAAGCUGGAAGGAAAAUUCUGCUCUUCAUCUCUGGCUCUUUGAUGAUGGUCGCCUCCCUGGCAAUGGGCCUCUACGUUCAUUUCACAGUCGACGCAAAACACAAUUCCACAACCUUCAAUACGACACUGAUUGGGCCUGGGCCUCAUGUAGCGCCAGACUAUCUAACUGUUAUCCCCCUUCUAUGCAUCAUGUUGUAUGUUUUAGGUUAUGCCUUUGGCUGGGGUCCAAUCACCUGGCUCCUGAUGGCUGAGAUUCUGCCGCUAAAAGCUCGCGGAAUGGCAUCUGGUCUAUGUGUGGUGGUCAGCUGGAUCACCGGCUUUGUUCUUACUGAGGCUUUCCUCCCUGUUGUGAGCGCUUUCCAGCUGGAGACCCCUUUCUUCUUCUUCACCUUUAUCUGUAUUUGCUGCCUCAUCUUCACCUACUUUGCUGUGCCGGAAACCAAAGGGCGGACACUGGAGCAGAUCGAAUGCUAUUUCCAAUCAGGUCGACGUUCUUUUAUGAGAUAGUCAAGGAAGGCCUUCUAAUGCGUGGAAAGACUGUUGUGAAAAUUAACCAGUAGCUUGGAGCUCCCAAAACUGGAUGUGUGCCAAAGAGACCGGUUCAAAAACACAAUUCUAGGUCUUCAAUGAGUCUGAAUGUACACUAAGGCACCUCUGAGACUAAAACAUUGAUCCACCACUGUGCACUAUAUUUCAGGUGCAAAGGUCCAUGCACUGGAGAUUAAAUUAAGAUUCCACUACUGUGUUGCUUUGUGGUCAUAGUAUGUGGGACAGUCUGAUGUGUUUGUGGUACACAGGCACUGGAUAGAGCGUAAGAUUCUGGAAAUUAAGUUCUGACACCCAAAAGUGCUUCCAAAAAGCAUAACAGACAUGGAUAAAUAGCUAUUUACUGUAAACAAUGUAUACAUUGUAAAUUAGUUACAAGACGUGUGUUUUCCUAAAUGUAUCAGUCACUUACAUUUAAGUAAUUAAAAUAAUUGCGAUGUCA